AUGGCGGAGGCGGCACCGAAGCAGCGGAGCCCCGCCGCGCCCCGCCCCGUCCGGUGCAUCGUUAAGCUAGGUGCUCUCUCCGGCUGCGGAGCGGCCAUCACGAACAAGGGGGAGCUGGAGAGCAUCGAUGAGGAGAGCCUGCGGUCGGCGUGCGCGCAGCUGCGGCAGGCCAUGUCCGACGGCACCGCCCCGGAGAAGGUUAGGGGGAUGGACUGGAGCAGGAGGCCCGGCGAUCCGGCCGACCCGGUCGUGGACGCCGAGGGGUUCGCGGGUAUGGCGGGGCUGGGUCUCGACAGUAACUUCGUCGUCGUCCACGGCGCAGGUUCUUUUGGCCACUUCCAAGCAAGUAGAUCUGGAGUACAUAAAGGAGGGUUGCAUUCAACACUCGUGAAGGCUGGCUUUGUGGCUACAAGAAUUUCAGUGACUUCUCUCAACCAGGAAAUUGUUAGAGCCUUGGCAAGAGAAGGAAUACCGUCUGUUGGGAUGUCACCAUUUGCUUGUGGAUGGUCUACUCAGCGAAGAAAUCUUGCAUCAGCCAAUGCUUCUCAAAUCAUUGAGUCACUCCAUGCUGGCUUUGUCCCUGUUUUGCACGGAGAUGCUGUUCUUGAUGAAUCGCUGGACUGCACCAUAUUGAGUGGGGAUGUCAUUAUACGCCACCUUGCACAGCUUCUGACUCCAAAAUAUGUCGUGUUUCUGACAGAUGUUCAUGGAGUAUAUGACCGUCCUCCAACUGACCCAAAUGCAGUACUUCUCAAAGAGAUAGAGGUAGAUGACAAUGGAGGCUGGUCGAUUGUAAAACCUGCAUUAGAAGGCAACAGAAAAGGAGUGGAGAUAUCAGUAGCCGCACACGACACCACUGGAGGAAUGGAGACCAAAAUACUUGAAGCUGCCGUGAUAGCUAGGCUUGGAGUUGAUGUGUACAUUACAAAGGUUGAUACAGAGCACUCCCUGAGAGCCUUGAAGGGGGAUGUGAACACAAGCUCGGAUGAUUGGCUUGGAACUGUUAUACGCGCUGCCAAAUAG